UUCUUCCUCUUCUUCUUUUCAAACAGAUACAGAGCAGUGGAGAGCUUCAGCGGAGAAAUCAUAUCAAAGUCAGCCAGACACACUCUCAACAAAUCCGAGUCCUUCACCAGCCACGUCCCACCGGAUAAUUUUUCCAGCGAGUUAUCCUCUGCCGCGGCGGACCACAAAUGGUUCUCCAACAUCCUCAAGCCCCCCAAUCCCGACACGCCAACACCACCAUCACCGCAACCACAAUCACAAAAACAACCCCCAACUCUCUCCCGCCGCCAAUCGCUGUCCCGCAAGUCCCGGUUCCAGGCCGAUCCCUCCUCGCCACGCCCGCAGGCGAUCCCCGCCGCGACGGACCGGAACUUCCCCGGCCCAAAUCUGUUAACGGACCCGCACUUGCUCUCUCCGCCCAAGAACCUCGUCGAGUCGGCCAACCGGCGGUCCAUAAGGUCGUCCACUUGCUCCGUCGAGAAGAUCGUUUCGAAGCCCAAGCCAAACGGCGCGAGCUCCGAUCUCGGCGUUAAUGGCUUCCUCAGAGAGCGAAGGACCAAGCUUCGAAAGCUCUACAAUGGCGAAAGCGAUGCCAAGGCUAAAAUCGUACUCUCAGGGCCUUCGAACAGUACGAGCUCGAUGGUGGCGGCGAUAUGCUACGCGUGGUUGUUGGAGAACAAAACGAGAAAAGGGGAAGAAUUUGUGACUGUGCCCGUGAUGAAUGUGAAGAGAGGGACGAUGUGGAAGCUACGGCAGGCUUCUUGGCUCUUCUACCACGCCGGUCUUGACGUCGCGUCGUUGCUCUUCUCCGAUGAGAUCAAAGCAAAACGGAAUACUCCUGGAUUGAAAAAUGUGGACUUGGAAGGUCUAAUGAUGGCUAGAAAAUUAAGCAUGGUGGUGAUAGGGCAGGAUGUCCUCAGAAUCAAUGGAGAGGUUGGGUCUCAAUGCACUAUUCUUACUGAUAAUUACUGUGAAGAUGCCUAUGAUCUGCUUCAGACCCCAGUGCUGAAGAAACUUUUGCUGGCAGCUAUCUUGUUAGACACUCAGAAUCUAAAUUCAUCUACUCAAUUGUCUAUGACGAGAGAUGCAGAAGCUGUUCAGUUGCUAUCAGUUGGCCUAACACCGAAUUACAGAAACACCCUUUUCGAUCAACUGAUGCAAGAUCAAAGAGACGAUUCGUUUUUAGAGGCUUUGCGGGAGAAUUAUGGGAAAUCACCUAAUGAGAGUGGGCAUGAGACUGAGGAGCAUGUGGAGCGCAGAAUUUCAGAGAGAAAAUCACCCUCUAUUCGUCAUCCCGAAACUAUCAUUCAAAACUUGGACAAGAAAACUAAUGCAAAAACCAACAAAGUUUCACCAAAUUCUGCUAAUGCUAAACCAAGUUCAUCACUCCCGCAAGGUACUUCAGCACCGCAAACUAAAGCAACUCCCGAUGCAUCCCGCGGAAAGAACAAGUUCUUCCUCGCAAAGUGGUUUGGUUUUGGAUCAAAAUGAAGGCAAGUAUCUGUUUUUGAUUGCUAACUGUAAAACACAGAAAACCGGGAUUUUUCUAUUUCAGAACACCAGCUCAAAUUUAUUGUCUUGGGUUGCUGAUAGGUUCAACAAAAGGGAUGUUGAGCUUUUCCCAAAAUUUCCCUAUAGGAUCUCUACGUCUGCCUGCGGAUUAUUCUGAAAAAAGAAUCCACUGAUACGUAUACAUAUACACAAUAUCCUUCAGAGAAAGGAUUUGAUUUGAUGCCAUUGUAGCUCAAGGCCUAUUUAAUUCUCAAGAUUAAUAAAUUUUGCAUUUGUAACGUCACAGUUCGGUUAUUUAUACAAUUUUAGCAUUAGGUCUAAGGUUUGAUUCCGACUGAGUGCUAUCAAUUCCUUGAGGCGACAGCUGUGGACCAAAGACCACAUAUUUACACAAUCCAUAUGGAGGGGACCCCAUGGAUUAGUCGCGGCAAAGUCUCGGACACCUCGGUUAUCAAAAAAUUUAUCCAUGCAACUUUGUUUUAGUGUCACUAUUAUUGUUCCGGCAUAGAAUCUUGCUUGUAGCAUAGAAAUGUUUUUCUAGCGUGUCCACUCUGCUAGAAAUUUCUUAAGUAGUACAGCCAAACAAACAAUCCUUUUGGUGUAACUAUUGGCUCACAAGAUUGGAAGUGAAAGUAAAGAAAUUG